AUGUCCGCGACGCAAACUGUAACCACUGAGAUCGAGCGCGCUUUGCCAACGCUCACUCUGCGCUCGGACGACAAGAAGCAGCAGGCGGCCCGCGAGCGGGGCCAGGGACCUUUGGAGGAGUAUAAGUACGCUCAUCUGGCGCCUGUCCUCGAUCAUUCGGAGCAUUACCCUCCGCUCGUUCCAUUCGAGCAUGUCGACCCAGGCCACCGCGCCUUGUCACUGCCCAACCCUCGCGCUUUCCUCGACCAGGCGACGAGUAUCGCCCAUAUCACCCCCCGGCUCGGUACCGUGGUGACCGGGGUUCAACUGGCCCAGCUGGAUAGCUCGGGACGCGACCAGCUUGCGCUCGAGGUCGCUCGUCGUGGCUUGAUGGUUUUCAGGAACCAGCAAGACUUUAUUGACGCUGGGCCGGACGCCUACCUCGAGUGGGGUCGGUACUUUGGUCGGCUGCACAUCCACCCGACCUCCGGCCAUCCGAGGAACUACCCGGAGCUCCACCUCGUCUACCGCGACGAAAACUCCACGUUCAACUUCGAACGCGAGGACCGAAUCACGUCCACCACCUGGCACUCGGACGUCUCGUACGAGCUUCAGCCUCCCGGGCUCACGACGUUCUUCCUCCUCGCCCAGCCGGAGAGCGGCGGCGACACGCUCUUCACGUCCCAGGUCUCGACCUUGAGCAAGCUUUCUCCCCCGUUCGUCGAAUUCCUCCGCACGCUCAAGGCCGUCCACUCCGGCGUUGAGCAGGCCGAGUUUUCGCGCUCGGGCAAGCGGGGAGGGAUGGUGAGGCGCGAGCCGGUGGAGAACGUGCACCCGGUCGUGCGCCGGCACCCCGUCACGGGCCAGGAGGCGCUGUACGUGAACAGGCAGUUCACGCGCCGGAUCGUGGGCCUCAAGAAGGAGGAGUCUGAUAACAUCCUCAACUUCUUGUAUGACCAUAUCGACAAGAGCGCUGACUGCCAGGCCCGCGUCAGGUGGGAGCCUAACACGGUUGUCCUCUGGGACAACCGUAUCACCGCUCAUUCUGCGAUAUUGGACUUCGCCGAGACGAAGGAGCGCCGUCACGGCGCGCGGAUCACCCCGCAAGCGGAGAGGCCGAUCCCUGCGCUCGAGAGUCUGAAGUUGGAUGACUGA